GCUGUUUAUCGACCGACGGCAGUAUAGUCAUCUAUACGAUUACAACGGUGUAGCAAAUUCAAAGUACGUAAAUUCUUGAGUAUACUACAUUGCAAAUAAUCAUUAACAGAGUUUACUAAGCAUUUAAAAAGACAUUUAUAACCAUUAAAAAAUAUGAUAAAAAUAAAAGUUAUAAUAUUAGUAUAUAUUUUAAAAUAAUAAAACAAAGCGCUAUAAUAAUUACACUAAUUAAAAGACUUGUAUAUUUAAUUUUACUUAUUUACAUUUAGCAAUAAAGAAUUUCUUAAAUUUGCUGUAAAAUUUAAUAAUAAUAUUGAAAUAUCAAUCAAAAUUACAAAUACACAACUAAAGAAUAAAAUAUAAAUAUUUUGAUUUCGAUUUUUUAUUAUAUUAAAGAAUAUAUUUAUAUUUUUUUGUAAAAUAUAGAAUAAAAAAUUAGAAAAUGUUACAAAUUUGUUUUGAAAAAAUAAAAUAUAUCAUACAGUAUUAAAAUAUUGUACAUUUUAAUUUUUAUAAUUUAUAUUAUAUUUUAUUUUUUUAUACUAUGAUUUAAUUUAUCUAAGAUCUGAUUUAAAAAUCUUUAAAAAUAAUUAUUAUAAUUUCAAAAUAUUAUUAAGUUUUAUAUAUAUAUAUCAAUAUAUCAUAAAAUUUUAUUUUCAAAAAUUAAAUAAUUAAAUUGUAGUAAAUUAUUAAAAUACUUUAUUUAUUUUUUUUAUAUGAACCACUUAUUUGUUUUUUUAUUUAUAAAAUUUUAAUUCAUGCACAUUUUUAUAAUUAAAUAUCAUAUAAUAUUAUAUUUACAUAUAAUUUAUAUUAAAUAUAUAAAUUUGAAAUUUAUGUUGCAAAUCUUUGAAAACAAUUGAAUAGAGAUUUCUGAAAAAUCAAUAAUUUAAAUAAAGAUAAUACCUUUAAAUAUAUAUACUUCAAAUUCUUAUGAGAACAUACAAAGGUCAAUGUUUUUUGAAUGGUUCAUUGUAUAUGGCAACAUUGCGAACAUAACCUAGUAAAUAAUACAUAGUAAACUUCAUAAUUUAAAAAAAUUUUCAUAUAUAAAUAAUAUAUAAAUAUAUUUUAAUAACUAAUUUUUUAUUGUGUAAAUUCAUUUUUUUCUUUUAUAAUUAAUAUGUGAAAUAAAAAAAUCCAACGAAUUAUAUUUCAAUAAUAAGUAGAAUUUUAUAAGAAUUAGUGUUUCAUAUAAAUAAUCAAGAAACAAUAACUCGAAAUAAAAAAAUAAAUAAAAAUGUCAGAUGCAGAAGAUUAUAUGUCAGAUAAAUUUUUACAAGGAAGUGAAAAAUCUACUUCAUCCAGUCUCAUAUAUAGACAUGCAGAUAAAAGAAAAUUUGAACUCUUAAAAAAAAAAAAGCAAAUUGAAGCAAAAUUAGAUGAAAAAAAUUCUUUAAAACAUAUUGAAGAAGAAAAUAGAGAAGCAGGUUUAUCUUCUGCAAUUACAAGUUCUAAUAAAGGUUAUGAAAUGAUUAUGAAAAUGGGAUAUAAACCUGGUCAUGGCAUAGGAAAAACAGAAUCAGGAAGAACUGAACCAAUUAACCUUGACAUUAAAUUAGACAGACAAGGUUUAGGAAAACAAAAUGAGAGGAAAGGAAGAAAAAAUAAAAAUAAUAUAUUUAAUGAUAAAUUAGAUAAUAAGAGUAUGAAAGAUUUUCGAGAUAGAAUUGCACAAAAAAGGAAAGAACAAUUGUUAAAAACAGAUUUAUAUAAAAGCCAAAAAAUUUGUCAAAAAUUAGAUAUGCAACAAGAAAUAAUAAAACCUAAAGAAAUAUGGUUUUGGUUGCCUCAAGAUGAUGAAAAUAGCGAUAGUGAAAAAGAUGAUGAUUUCUUUGCUAUUAAUGAAAAACUUGAAAUUUUAACAAAAUAUUUAAGGGAAAAAUAUUUUUAUUGUAUUUGGUGUGGAGUAGCAUUUCUGGAUGAAAAAGAUUUAGUAGAUAAUUGUCCAGGAAAUGAAAGAAAUGAUCAUUAAAUGGAAUGUUUUUAAUUUAAUUAAAUGUACAUAUAAGUAAAAAUAAAUUAAAAUUUCAUUAA